AUGUCCUCUCCACCACUUCAUCGACCCUCCGUCGUCCGGACAUAUGGACUCAAGUCGUCCUCCUCCCGACCUAGCUCUUCCGCCUCUCUCUUCUCCGCUCCGACAAACCACCACUGGGGAUCAUCUUCCCCACCUUCAAGCUCUCUGAUAACUCCUCCCCCUUCUCCCUCUCAUCUCCCCCUUUCAUCAUCACCUCUUUUCGACGUCCCACCCUCCUCAGACGACCAGGAAAAUGUGCCUGAGCCAUCGUCCAGCCCUUGGACGUUCGCCCCUGUUCAUCAGAGAAAAGACAAUCAACAGCUUGUUUCAACCAAGGUGGUUUCUCAACCCACGUUGAAAUCAUUCUUCGCACCACUUCCUUCUUCUCCUUCUGUCCCAAAAUCCCUGAAACGACCCCGUCCUCUGGAAUCCCUUUCCGUCAACACCACAGCUCCUCCGAACUUGACGCAAUUGCAUUUGACCCAUCUACCGUUACUUCACACGUGUAAAGAAUGUCAAAUGUCAUAUGUACGAGGAGGCGAAGACGAUGCCGUUCAUGUGAAACAUCAUACACAAGUGGUGAGGGGCGUCAUCUGGGAUGCACCCAGUAAGACAAAAGGCAAAGAGACGAUGAGAUUGAAGGUGGUGGAGGAGGAAAUACAUUUUGGACAAAAAGGAUCAGGUAGGAUCAUCAUGCUUGAUGCCUCUUGUGGUGGUAAUAAAAUGGAAGAGAUACUGCGGAUGGUGGACACAGUCCUUAGUUCACCACCUCUUCCGACCGCUAUCUUGUCACAAUGUAAAGUCUUUCUGUUCUUGACAUCUUCCCCUCCCAGCAAUACGCAUAAACGAUCCAAACCGAAUGUGGGCCAGCAGGGGAGGUCACAGAAGGAAAGAGUGGUGGGAGUCGUAGUGGCUCAGAAGAUCAAAUGGGCUAUGAGGGUGUUACGGCCCGGUGAACAGUUAGGAGAGGACGUCAGAGUGGUGGAUAGUGGAGGAGGGGUCAUCUGCGACCCUACACCUUUACCUACCCCAUUAGGUAUCCAUCGAUUAUAUACCAUCCCCUCGUAUCGAUCUCUUGGUACCGCUCGACAUCUGCUAGACUGUGCAGCGAGACAUACAGUUUAUGGCUGCACGUUCGAUCCUACCAAAGGAGAGGCGGCUUUCUCACAACCUACCGAGAGCGGACGACGGGCUAUGGAACGUUGGAGUGAAGGGAAUGCUAGGGUCUUUGUGGACGAUGAGAGUCAAUUAUGA